AUGCAGUGGUGGGCUCCACUCAUCGUUGUUUACCUGUCUACCUGCCUGGAAGCCAUUCAGCACCAUAGAAAAGGUAGGUGCACUUGGAGAGACCGUGCAGACGCCUCUGUGUAUAGCUCUCGAUUUUUCCUUCUCUGGCCUGUUAAAAACAUCAUUUGAAUCGUACUUUUCAGAGCGAUUUCACCGUUUUUCAUCCUUAGUUAGAAUAAACAAGGCUAUAGGGGAACGCAUGAGAGUUUUGUCCUGGUUUGCACCACUUAAUGUAUGAAAGCAUGUGUUUAUCUUGUAGAGAUAUCACUAUCACGACCACUUUAGCAGAACAUUUUUCUAGCCUGUUGUUAUUGGAGUCACCUACGGAGGAAAUUCCUUCCUGAAGACUCGCGUAUCUACAAAUCUUUGAAUAAGUCACAGGAUGCUAAAGCCAGCCAAAGAGAAGGAAAAUAUUCAGAUCAAUAAUACUUGUGUAGUUUAAUUGUUUAAUAUCGACAUCUCUAAAGCUUUCUGCAUUUGCUGAUGUCAAUUUCCAAAAGGAAAUUGUUAAUUUGUUUGUUAUUCAUUUACAUGUUUGAAGCAGUUUUCAUUGAUUUUAUUUUUUUUUAACCACUUGGAGGAUCAACCUGUUAACAUUUGCAUUUUAUCAUCUUAGAAAGCAAACAUGCAGGGAGCAGCAUUAGCAUUUAAGCACCCGUUCCUGCGGCGCGUGGUCAAUAUUCACACCACUUUUGAACUCUUAUUUGUGCAUAACUAACCGCUGGAGGCGAAAAUCUGACUAUGAAGCUGCAAAAUCAGUUGUAACACUGAUACAUCAUCAAGUUGCUGGUAAAGGACAUAUAACAUCAUGAUAAAAGACGCUUCAUUUAAAACAGUGAACACCUGAAAACACUUGAUUGGCAAAAACUGGAAGAACGAGGGUAUAAAAACCCAAGUACAAGGUCUACAACAUCCAAAUUAAAACUGUUAAUUUAAAAAAGAGACCACCAUAAUUAGGGCUGAAACGAUUCCUUGAAUUUUUCUCUGCCUCGAGUACUGGUUUGUAAGCUCAAAUCGUCACUGUUUCCCACGGGUUCUUUUCAAGGUGACUCAAUGCACUUACGUCACCACAGUGGAAGGAUGAGUAAGCGCUGUUACGUUUUGCGGAGUGGAAAAUAUAAAUGGUGAGAGGGGCUUUUCUUGCAGUGUUGCCAACCUCGUGAGUUUCCUUACUGAGAAGUUGGUAACAGUGUUUUCUUGUGCAGAGCUCCAGUAGCUCAUUAGAACUUAGCCUUUGAGUCAUGGGUGGAGACUUCUCUUUACACUAGCUUGUAGCCUAACAUUGCUGGUGUUGUAGCAGAAGCAGGUAACAUAGGAGCUAUUCAGCUCUCGGACACUAAUGUCUUUAUGGUCAUGUUGAAAGUUAAUAUCAUAAUUAUCUUUCUUACGAGCAUUUCAAUCCGCUAACGCACACUCUUGUUCCGGGAUUGUCCUCUAUUUCUCUGAGUCUGGCUAUAAGAAAUCUAACUUUGUGCCGUUUGGGUCCAAUUACUCAAGUAAUCGAUCGAAUGUUCGGUAGAAUACUCGAUUAUUAAAAUAUUCGAUAGCUGCAGCUCUAACCAUAAUUAUAAACUUAAAAGGUUGAGAUUAAUGCUGCGUUCCAGUUGUACUCAGAAGUCAGAAUUUCUGAGCUCCAAGUCGGAAAUUCAUCUGGAACACCCCCCUAAAUUUGGAUUUCCGACUCGGAAAGUUGAACAAUCCUCACCAACCCCGACUUGACGACAACGUCAUAAUCCAAGAUGGCAGCGCAGUGUAUCAACAGUAAAGAGUAACAGUAAAAGCUUUCGUAAUGUAUUAUUUAUUAGCACUUCUGUUUCGUUUUUGUGAAAUUAAAUAAGUGAUAUAUGUUGUACUGCAACAUCCAACUGUGAACAUGGUGCUAUGGUGUUUGUAAGUGUAAAAUACUGUGUUAUGCGUUGUUUACAACUGGUAUCACUAACAACAACUAACAACAGCUGACAAUUGUAAACAACAGCUAAUCAAAACUAACUGUAGACGUCGAGCUUGGUUUUCGAACUUGUUUACUUGACGGAACGCCGUCAAGUCAGGUGUAACGUCGUUCCCAGCUCCGACAUCUGACUUUCAAGGUAACUUAAACGCAGCAUUAAAACAGCAAAAAAUUUUAAGAGAAAUUGUACAUUUAAUGAUAUAAAGAGAGUUUGGGAUGUUUAUGGGCUGCAGCUUAAAAGUGAAGUGACACUUAGACAAGUGUGGCUGUUCUCCAGCUCCUCCAAUCAUCACCAAUCUCCCCAGUUUCCGAGGUAACUUGAACGCAGCAUUAAAACAGCAAAAUUUUUGAAAGACAUUAUACAUUUAAUUAUAUAAAGAGGGUUUGGGAUGUUUAUGGGCUGCAGCUUUAGAGUGAAGGGACAAUUAGACAAGUGUGGCUGUUUUCCAGCUCAUCCAAUCAUCACCAAUCUCCCCAGUUCGCUAAUAUCCAUGAUGCCAAACCUUAUCUUGACUGCCAGGCGAUUCCAAGUGCCUUUUAUUGCGGCUUAGCUUCACAUAGAUUUGUCUCACAGAGAGAGUAUUGAUGGUGAAGUCAGUGUGUGCAAUGUUAGUUUUGUUUAAAAUCUGCAACAUGCUCUAAUAUUAACAUCAUUUGGAUGUAAAUUAAAAUGCUUAGCAGAGAAAAGGCUGUCACUGGAAAGACUUAGCUCUCUUCUGUGUCCUUUUCACCCCUCUGUAUUGUAAGCCAGAGGAAUCCAGACGCUCUUUUUGUUAUUGUUUUUGUUUGUUUCUCCUCCUCUCUUUCUUUUUUUUUUUUUCUUCUCCCGCAUCAAGACAUCCCUCCAGACAGGAAUACCAUUUAGCCCUGCUAAUUAAUGGAUCUUUGUUGUUCCCUCGUCUCCUUGCAAGCAGUUAGCGGGAGAUUACAAGUUCCCUGCCUGUGCAUAAUGACAUUGGGGGAAGCUUGCCCAUCCAAACAUGGAUUGUUUUAGAGAGCUGGAGGAGGGCGCAGAAGCAAAAAUAAAGGACGUACAGGCCAAAUACACACAGGGAUACUGAAACGUUGAUAUAACAUGAUAAAUUAAAUACUGGUCAUGUUUGAUCAGGUGUGUAGCGCUCCCCUAUUGGGAAUAUAGUGGAGGAAGUUUCGAUGAAGAUUUGAGUUUCUGUUUCUCAUGGAGUUCAAAACCUCAUUCUCAUCAGCAGAAAAUAUUGGUUUAUGGUUUACAAUAUGUGACCUUAAACUUAAAUCUGUGUUAUAUUACAAGGAAAAGAAGAUCAAUCAAUAGCACUUUCAUACUUGGACUCUUGGAACAUUUGUUGUUUGAAUGCUUUUGUGAUUUCAAUCUCUGUUUGAGACAAGCAGCUGAAAACCCGUCCAUCCAUGAAUUUUCUUUGCUUGUCCUGGAUCUGGUUGUGGGGGAAGCAGUCUUAGCGAGUAAACCCAGACAUCCCUCUCCUUAGCAACGCUUUCCAGCUCUUCAAGUGGGAUCCCAAGGUGCUACCAGGCCAGAUGGGAUAUAUAAUCCCUCCAGUGAGUUCUGGGCCUACUAAGAGGUCUCCUUCCCACUGGCGGCUCCUGGACACCUCCGUGGGGAGGCACAUCCUAAUCAUAUGCCCAAACCAUCUCAGCUGACUUCUUUCGAUGGGAGGAAGCAGCGGCUUUACUCUGAGCCCACUAUCUCUGAGGCUGAGCCCAGCCACCCGUCAGAGGAAGCUCAUUUCAGCCGCUUGUAUCUGUGAUUUCAUUCUUUUGUUCCUGCAGCUCAUAGCCGAAGGUGAGGAAAGUAGAGGACCUGGUGAAGCUGGUGAGUUUCACCACAAAACAACGAAGAGUCGGUCCAAUCUUUAUAGCAAUUAUUUGAGUUGCUUUCGUUGCUGCAAGUUAAUUCAUUGAUCCUCAUUACGUGUCUUCUUCCUGCGUACUCUCACUCCUUUAUCAUCCCUUGACCUCCACUUUCACCUGUUCCCAAGCCCUCCAUCAGCUCCGCAGUACAUUUUUACCUCUCUACUCUAAACCCAGUCUGAUUGUUUGUUGUGCAACCCAGCCUUAGUGUUUCAACCUUAUCUUGUCCGUCCGCCUGUCUGCUUCUCUUGUUAUUAACCUUUGCCUGCUUUUUGGACUUCUCGCCGGCCUGCCUUGCCCUUUUUUGUUCUACUUUCCUAUCUUGGUAUCUUGUCUCUUGAGCACAUUGUUUUUCACCAUCUACAAAGUAAACUUUUCUUUUAGAUCGCCUUCCUUCACCGCUCAGCUGUGCAUUUUACCAGUCUUGGCUAAAAAACGUGUUGUUUAAACUUUUGAUAAACUAAAAAGAAAAUCCCUUUUCUUUACAGCUCAAUCUGAAAUCUAUUUUCCUUGCAGCUGAAGACAAAAAGGACAAUUUCCUGUGUUCACACAACCAAAGUUAAAUGCAGGAGGAUUCUUAGAUGUAAAUCGCAGAUUAAUUUAGCUCCCAAACUCCCUCCUAUAGUAACAUUACUCUUGCUCUAAUUGCACACUUUCCUCCGAGUGUCGUUUACACUGACAAUGCCCCUCUGAAGCUGAAGUGUUUCCAGUGUGUCUACAGAGGCAUCCCCUCCUUUUUGCUGUUGAUUUUUCAUCUGGGAGUCAAACUGUGUUGGAAUUUCUCUGGAAACCGUGUGAGGACAUUUUUUCUGCAGGAACGGUUCUGAGUCACUGUUUUCUCUGGAAACGGUCUGGAGGAACUGUUUGACUAUUCAUGAAGACAGAGCUGGCAGAAAAAUAUCUCCCUUUUUUAACAAGAAACCAGUAGUAGGAUGAUGAAUAUUUCGCUGGAAAAAGUUAGUUUAUCAUGGUGUAAAGACGGAUAGUGCAGAGCAGGAACGAUGUUGUUAGAGUCAACAAACAAUCCUUUACUAUGAUAAGAUAAAACACAUCCAGAGAGGCAUGUUUGAGUAGUUUUUACAGUUAAUUUUUUCCACCUUGACAGUACAUUAGUAUGAUUUUCAGCUCGAAAAAUAAGACGACUAAAUGCAUCUAAACAAGUUAGCCCAACUGAAGUUACACUACAAUCAAACUUCUCAUAGUUGGACUAACAUACCUGGAUAAUUCUCGAGUGUUAUCUCAGUCCUGUUUACUCUCCUACUUCAAUGUUAUAGCUUGUCGUUCUGCACCUGCACAAGGAAGAAGCUUCAGGUUUCAGUAACGGUUGCAAACCCGACACGCCCUGACCACUCUGUUUACCGAGGAGUCGUCAGUGAAGUGAUCCUCAGCUGUUUUCCACAGAAACAUAAAACUUUCCUUUAUUUUUGUCUCUUUGCGUUGGAAAGAGGAAAUAACCGGUGACUGUCCUUCGCAACCGAAAGAGUAUUUCCCAGAAACCUUCAAAAACACUCCAGAUCAACAAAGUGUGUAAGGGAGAAACUGAGUUAACAUGAGCUGUGACAUAACUGUUUUUGAAACUUAAACACCAUUAGUGUUGUGUUGUUCAUGAACGUUUCAUUCAAAAGAACGGAACUGUUGAGGGAACGACGUGGACUGAAUCACUCCGAGACCUGAUUUGUUCCUUUCUCAGUUCAGUUGAGCUCAGCCACGAGCCCGGCGUACUGGUUGGGAAUGGAACUGCUGCCUUUGACUCUUUGGCGAACAACACACAGCCAGCCAGCGGGCUGGCGGACAGGUGGGCGGAGUCUCUUGCUCACAGCGAAUGAACGAUAUGUAUCAGUCAGACUGUGAAUGGAACGAACGACUUCCGAUGGACUUGAGGCAGGCAGAGGAGGGAGGGGUGUAGCGUCGUUUACGAACUGUCGAGCACCAGUUCGUUUACUGAGGCUAAGAUGAAACAGUACAUUUUCGUGCCUCUACAUUCAAACACGUGUAUAAACUUUCCUGCAAGAACGAUUUAAUUCCCGCCGAUUUAAAGAAAUACGCUCUGUGAUAUCUUUAAAAGUAGCAGAAUCUCCGCUACAGUUGCAAUGUUUUUUUUUAAUCUCUCUACUUUUCCUCCAUAUUAAAAAACAUUCUACUUGCUGCUGUGUUGUUUCCACCAACGGCGACACACAGAGAGGCGAGUUUUUCAGGGCAGGGGAGUGAUUCUUGAAACAACGUGUCACCCAGUGAACGAUGCUGUGACUUCGGCAGCAGGGGAGGGGAGGGGCUUGUCCAAUGAACGAACUCGCCGCUGUGUCACUCACUCGUGUACUGCACCAGCAGGACUGGGCUCGGAAGCACUGACUGAUUUGGUGAACGAAUCAUUUUAAUGAACAGAAAGAUUCAGUACAGUCAAAAGAGCUGCUCUUCCCAUCACUACUCACCAUUUAAGCCUUUGGAAUAAUUUCAUAUGAGUUGAUUUGAGGUAGGACUGCAGCGCUCUUUAAUGAUUUAUCCCGCCUUACUCUUUGUUGUGGAAGAAAACAAAGAGUCAGCAGGCUGCAACGGGAAACUUUUACAUUUGUAUUCCCAGAAGUCCCUCCUGAGCCCUCCGUGGUUAGAGGUAAUAUGUUGCGGAUUACACAGCUGUUUCAUUUUGCUGUGUUUAAGUAUUCCAACACUGUAACAUAAAGCCAGGGAUAAUCUUUACAUUCUAAACAGUGAGAGCUGUGCCUGGCAGGCACCCAAGCAGGAGGCAGGUACAUGGAGAGAUCAGUCAGUGCAUGUUACUUUGGCUGGCCUUGCAAAUGCUGUAAAGCUGAAUGUGUAACACGCAGGGAAGGCUGCAGGCAGCUGGGGCUGAUCAUUACUGCAGAAUUGGCCAAGCAGCGCAGCGUAGACGCCGCUGUAGGGCUGCAGGACAAUUGGAUUGAAUUUCAGAUGAAGCCGAGUGUUUGUACUGUACACCUCAUUGAGAUCUGUGUGUGUGAUCUGUUUGUUGACUUACACGCCGAGCCCAGCACUGGAUGGCAUAUGGAGGGAAAAAAAGCAGAAGAAAAAGUGGAGAAGCCUAAAAGAUGGUUCAGUUUAGUCAUUACGCUGUGAAUUCCCCUCUCGGCUUUUAUCAUUUUCUGCUAACUUAAUUUUCUGAAACUAUGUCACCACAUUUGUCUUGGAGCCUUGCACAUAAGAGUUUUGAUAAUAUGAAAAUCUUUGUCGACUCUUGAACUCAGUCGUAGUCAAAAUAGGAACACUAAGGACAGGGAAAUGUGGUCAGAGUUACUUUACAUCCUCUUAUGCUUUCUUUCCUCAUCUUUUUCAUUCCUACUUUGGUUUAUCUUGACCUCUCAAAGACUUUCCAUCACCAGUGGGAAUAUCCGAACUCACACAAGGCUGUUAUGCAAAACGAGAAUGCAAAUAUGGUGUUGUAGGAUCACACCAGUUCAUAAAUCAUUCUUGAAACACAGAUAUGUCCUUCUGACUUCAUUAACAAUUUAACCUUAUCUGACUUUUGCAUUUUAAGUCUGGAAACUCAAAGAUGGCCCUGAAAGGAAAAAGAGUUUGAACUUUUCGCACCCAUUAUGUAAGGCUGAUGCCAGAAGAUUACAGAAGUAAGGAACAUAGUGUUAUAAAUGGUGAAAUACUGAGUAAAGGAUAAGAAAUAAUCAAAUUUAAACUCAAAUCUUAUCUCAUAUAAGUGUUGAAAGAGCUGAAUUCUUGCAUUUGGAAACCUUUUACUCAUAUCCAGUGAUAUUGGGUUGAACUAUGUUAAGGUAAUUUUCAUACCAGAAAAGGGUCAAACUACACUCAGCACAUUUGCACGCAUAGUUCACUGGAGCUAAGGUUAUAGCUCAACCAGUGAAACCCUAACCUAAGGACUGCUGUGAUUGUUUCAGUUGAUAAUCACAGAUCAAGAAUCAGUUUAUUACCAAAAGUAUGUCUGCCUCUGCUGCACUAGGCUUGUUUAUUCAACCUGUCUUGUAGAGUGAGAGUUACAGUCAGUAAGGGCCUGUGUCCAUUAACACCCUUUUUUUGCAUUGGCAGGUUCCACAAUCUCAAUUUCAGAUCUGUAUGCCUCAGAUUCGCUUAUAUCCGGCAAAAAUAAAAGUCUCACUUCCUAAUAAAUGAGUUAGAAAGAAGUGACACUAAAAAAUUCAGCAGUGGUGUAAAAAAGUGCAACCAGCGAGUGUAACAAAUGCUGUUAGUGGACACAGGCCCUAAUAAGCUAAAUUGCAGUUCUCUUUCCCCUGUGAAGCAUUUUAGCAACGUAAGGCCUGUCAGUUUGAUUUUACAGAAAAACUGUAACCGUCUCCUCAGCCGUGGCAACUCGAUUUUAGCUACUUAAUGUCAAACGGCAGGUGAACACUGUUUGGAUGUAAAAAUUGGCUAUUUUUUCGUAACUUCUGGGUUUGUUUGGUUAUAGGCUAGGGUGACCAUACGUCCUCUUUUACCCUGACAUGUCCUCUUUUUUUAGGGCUGUCCCGCCUUGUCUGGCUUUGUCCAGUGAAGUUUAUAAAGUCCUUUAAAUGUCCACGGUUUUGUACGGAAGUUUCGAGUUUUGUGUAACUUUGUGUAACUUUGUGUAACUCCAUGACUCCACCCCCAUGUAGUUGUGUCCUCUUUUUGGGAAGUCAGAAUAUAUGGUCACCCUAUUUUAGUCUAUUUGAAUUUGUAAUUGGUUUAGUUGUUCGGCAUAUUAUAUAUUUACUUUUGGUCAGAUCCAGACUAUCAUUUCUCAUUUCAAGUUGAUACAAACUUAAACUAACUUCCUACUGGCUGAAGUAUGAUAUCCACAGAUAGAUGUGCGAGUUUAAUAAUUUAAUCAAUGAUUUUGUUGAUUUCAAGAACAAUAAAAACUUCUUUAAUGCUACCGAAAAAGAUUGUUUACCUUGCGUAUUAAUCGAUGAAUUAGGGUUAGGGUUAGGGUCCACAGCUUGAGCUACUUUCUCAGAAAUAAGGAAGGAAAAGUUUUAGUCGAGUGCCAGUCCUUUGACAUUGUAAUAUUUCCUUUCUGGAUUAUAGCUGUUCAAGCAUUUGGAAUUGCCUCUGGUUAUCACCUCCAGUAAAUAUGGGUUUCACAGUAUUUUAUCAAAGAGGUUUGGCAUCAGCCACCGUGUCCCCGAGCACAGAGCGAGAGGCUUCAUUCCAGCUCUAUCAGGACACCGCAGAUUACAGGGUCCCUCAUCUGCUUCACAUAUGAACUCCUACUUUGAAAAUCUCCCCAAAUGAGGUCAGAGGCACUCUCUGAUAUCACGCCGCAGGGUGCAUCAGCCACCACCACUUGUAAAUAUAGAAGCAUGUGUGAGUCGGGUCCAAGACCAAUUUCACUCAGCGCAGCUGGAACCAGAUUCUAUCUCACCUGCAUAAUAUUUGAGCAGUAAUAAAUCUGUGUUGAUGCAACCUCUGGCCCACCCACAGGCCUGCAGAAUUCUUUGAAUACAAGGGAGAUCCUCUAAUCCAAUUUCCUGUUCUUGUGUGUCGUAGCUCUGUAUCCAAACGCUUACAGGAUAAAGCGUGGGACAUAUUCUCUGAUCAAUCCGACGUUCCAGCAAUCCAUGAAGGAUGCCAACCUGCUUUUUGAGGUCAGUUUGGAUCCUACGAGUCCAAUUAUUUCUUUGCUUGUGCUUGUGGUUCAUAGCUGGAAACCAGUUUGGAUAUUUUGGGAAUGUGCAAAAGAUCAGUAAGAGUCACACAUUUUCGGGAAAUCUGUUUUUAUCACAGGAUUUCUUAAAUAUAGCGGUUUUCAGGAAUGACAGUUAAAGACAGUCACGCUAAAGAAGAAUGAAAAGGUGAAAAUGAGUCGUAAAGGUCUCUUAGAUGCAUGGUGAUCAACCCUUUGAGACCUGAGUACCCAAUCUACCUGUAUACUCUUCCCACAUCCUUUGGUUUUACAGACUUCAUCGAGUUUAGCACUAGACAGGUGCUAAAUAAACCAAACAUACUCACCUCCCUGCAUUAUUUCUCUACUAAAGCCCUUGAGCAGCCUGUUAGAGUAAGUAAAUAAUUUCUUUGGCUCUGUUCCCAAGAUCCUCCUGGCUGGAAUGCAGAUCCAAGAUGAGGACCACGCCAUACUGAUCCCAGAUGAGGAGCUGGCCUCCCUGAGGAGGGUGGCAAAGCUGGAGGUCAUUUGCGAGGACGUCCUUCCAAAGAGGCUCUCUGAAAUCCGCCGAUUGACAGCAGAGCUCACCCAGCGCCAGCAUCCUUUGAGCCUGCAGGACUUUGAGAGGACAGUGCUGACUCUGGUGUACAUCGCCCAGACUCUGGCUCAAGUCAGGGACCAGCCGCAGAGAGAGGCGUGGGCGAACGCAGUGAUUCAGCUGUUCAAGGCUAUUCAGAAAGAUAUCAUGUCUUCUUGA